UUUUAAUGGCAUCGGUGAUUCAUCUUCGUGAAAGGCACUGGAACACCCGAUCACAACAGUGCCCCAAAAGAUUCAUAAGCUACACGUUCAGCUCCACUGCUGGAGAUCGAUAGGCGAGCGAUCCAACUGCUUUAUAAGCGAACACAAAGCGAUGGGAGAGCAAAGCAAAGCAGAGCAACUCGGAACGAGAAGCGAAGCACAAUAAGUUUUUUUACAUAUCUGAAGUCUUAACAGACAGACAAUCCACAAAAAAAGAAACUAUGGCUAUGUCGAUGGGGACUCUUCUCCUGGCUCUCGUGUUUCUAUCUGCCACCAGUGUCCUUGCAGAGGACUAUUGCGUGUACACGGUUUUUGUGAAAACCGGGUGGUUGCCCAAGGCAGGCACAGACGCCAACAUCGGUGCGGCAUUCUACGACGCUUCUGGCAAUUCCAUGACCAUCUCCAACUUCACCGAUUGGGGACACUCUCUGAGCAGCAACAACGAUUAUUUUGAGAGGAACAAGGUCGAUGUUUUCAGCGGGCCAGGAGAAUGCUUGGACGCUCCCAUCUGUGGCAUGAACUUGACCUCCGAUGGCAGCGGUGCGCAUCACGGCUGGUUCAGCGACUCGGUUCAGAUCUCCGCCGCCAGGUACGGCCAGGAGUGCUCCAACCACUACUUCAACGUCGAUCAAUGGCUGGCCACAGACGUCUACCCCUACUCCCUCACCGCUAACAGAGACGACUGCGUUGCCGACAUUCCCGAUCAGGUCGAGUCCGCUCGAUCUCACAUUAAGAUGACCAGGAAGGUUUCUCACUGAGGCUACAACCACCGACCCAUUCCUGAUCGACCAGGCGUUCCUGUAGGCAGUUCGGGAAAGCUCAUAUGUUUUUUAUUCACUUUAGUUGCGAGACUCGAUUGAUUACGAGCGGACAGAAGGGUGGUGAUAUCACGGGAGCCACAUCGGGAGAUCGCAUAGCUCUUUUUGUGAUUGUGGAUCGGGGAACUCGAUGGAGAAACAUCGAGUACCCGAUUGCAGAUGGAGGAGACAAGUUUCUCACCGUCUGUUUGAAACCGGAAACAGUACAUAUGAAUAAAGAGUAAAUUUCAGUUCA